GUACUAUCAUCCUUUGUGGGUUGUUGUAAAUUACAUUUUUGUCAGGUAAACAUCGAUGGACAUGUUUGGGACAGACAUUCCGAGGUUUGUUUGAGGUAAGGUACCUGCACAUUUGACCCAAACUGUUCUUACAGGACACUUAGGACGUAUUUUCUCUGGUACCUGUGGCCAUUUGUCAUGCUCAAUUCCUCAGAGCUUUCCGUAGUUUUAGGGCGAUACCAUGGAUAUACGAGUGUUCUUCUGACUUACGUCCGUGUGCUUUCUGUUUUUGUUAUCAUACAACGAUCUAAGAUGCAUUAAUUUUGAUUUGAUGUAUUUCAAAAGCAAUAACGACGAUAUAAGUUUGACGAUCGUAACGGGCACUUUGAGGCUGAUCGUAACGCUCCCCUACAGACUACAAUGGUAUGAUCCAAGAGGUAGGGAAGACCUGUGAGUGAGACAAAUCAAGCCGUUGACAGCGGAGAAACUUGAGUUUUCUAACAAAUAAAUACUAAACAGGGGUGAGUAUUCUUUUAAAGCCCAUGCUUGCCUUUAGUAACCAGUUUUGUUUAAUACCAGCGCCAUGUCUUGCCAAGCUGUCAGUCCAAUGAUGUGGAAAUUGCAGAGAAGAUGAUCAUUUGCUGGCGAUAGCAGAGCUACUGUUAGCUUGCUGCUAGCUUGUUAGCAGUUAGCUUGAUGGUUCAGAACUACAGGGGCUCGAUCAGGAAGAAGGAGCCUGUUAGCUUCUAAGCUAGCCAGCCUAUUUUAGGAUUGGCAUUCCGCUAGCCGGUAACCUUAAUUUGGCCGCCUUUAACAUGAGCGUAAGCAGGUUGUUUGUUUCGUUAGUGGUCAGACAUGUGUCCAUGUGAAGUAGUUAUUCAGAAAAACUGAACAUGAUGAUGUUGAAAUGUUUCCCUGACGUGAGAUCAGCUGGUAUGAAUGAGGAGAAACACAAGGCCUAGUCUCAGGUAAUCUGUGGUUCUUCUAGCUCAGAUCAACAGCUGCAUGUAUUGAAUCAUAGGCGGACUCAUUGAUAGAUUUUUCUGCUAUAAUAAUAUUGAUACCUGAGAGUUUAUUCUCUGAGUUGACUGCCCCUAACAUCAGUAACACCUACAUGAACUUGAACUCAAUUUUAGGCUCCUCUGCUGCUGUCAUUGUUAUUUUCAGCAGCUGUUUUUAAAGCAGACUAUUUUCUUAUUAGACUUACAUCUGUGACCUAACCCCACGCUCAAACAUCAGUGAUAACCUGCCAAUCUUCAUUACUUCAGUUCAGAUUAUCAGCCUUUUUCAACAGGGACAUCCACAGCACAUCUGUUUGGCCAGAGGAGCUUGAUAGCCAGUUUAUCUGUUCUCCCCAGACAGACAAAUCCAGAAACCUACUUUUCAUAAAACAAGUUAACCAACACAAAUAAACAAUUUCACACACAGUAAAUCAUGAAGAAAAUUAAAAGUAUUAAAAACUGCACUAAGGAAGAGAGUGUGAUACAAAAGUAAUUAAGUCAGUUAUCGUGCAGAGAUGCAUAGUCUUAUCAGUAUAAUGUUGAUACAAGCAAAAUGCAUGUAUCCCUUGUGAUCCAUCUUUGGAAAUGUUGACAAUCAAUUAUUGAUUACUCGUUCAAGAAGAGCUCAGUUUUUUUCUUUUUACAAAAAUAACUUUAAAUGUUUUUUUUUUUUUUUUUUCAGUCCAAUUAAUGGCAUCAUGACAUAAUUAGCAUUCUUAUCGGCAUCCACCCUUACAAGAUCAUAUAACCAUCAUCUUUCUAAAUGACAACCUAGUCUCCUCAUCACCCAUCAACAGCACAUCAAAUCCAAAUCAGUCAUUGACUUGUGUUAUAUUAUUGUAUCAUGAUAUUUAGGACACAUUUAUCUCGCCCUGAUGGAUAACAUUUUUUGUUUUUUUUGUUUUUUUUAAUAUGUUCAGAACAAUCAGUCACAUGAUACUAGAAGAGUUGUCAACAUCCCUAGUGUAGGGUAAGCAGAUAAAAACUUCAAGUCAGUAUCAGCAGAGAUGCACAUUUCUGCCAAAUUAUGAAGCAGUUAAGUGGCAUAUUAUUCACACAAUAAAAGCUUAUUCACUCUGACAAUAAACCUCAUCUUAUUAGCUGUAUGGAAGUAUCUUAAAGUGUCGGAAACAGACAGCAGAAUAGUCUUUUGUAAUUUUUGUUAAGCACAGGUGAUGUGAGUUGGAACCAAACAAAACCCUUUAAGACCACCAAUUUAAGUGUGCAUCUCAAAAACGUUCUCAUGAACAGUAUCAAGAGUUUCUGAAAAAUAGUAAUGAAAGCGGUUGUACAAGCGAAAAACUGUCAUGAGCCCAUAUUAUGGUCAUUGGCAUAGAAAUGUAGAAGCAAAUAACUGAAGGUAAAAAUGCUUGAGAAAAAAAUCGUUAAAUCACAGUUUGAUUGUAUAAGUGCAGUUUUCUGAAACUUAACCGACAGUCACCUCUUACUGAUGCCAUGGUCUGCCCUGUGUUGUUUCUACAGAGUAGCACACUGUUUGAGUUGUGGCGGUACAUCAGUUGAUGUUUCUAUCUCCCCUUGGGUUAUUUACUCCAAAUGUUAGCUUUAAUGUUAAGGGAUUAACUCAGUGAAUAUAUUUGGAGGAAUAUGUUUGCUGAAACUUUCCAAAUUGUUGAAUCACUAAUAAUGAAAAUGAAACUAAACAGGACCAACACUUAAUAUGUUUAUUAAUCCUGUACUCACUUCUGUAUUCCUGUGCCUCUUUUCUUCUGUCAGGCUGAAAGAGAAACUGUACAAUGUCCUUAAAGCCACGGGUGGUGGAUUUUGACGAGACAUGGAACAAGCUACUGACGACAAUCAAGGCUGUUGUGAUGCUCGACUAUGUGGAGAGAGCCACGUGGAAUGACCGGUUCUCGUAUCCUAUCCCAAUGUAGCUGUAUGAGCAGGAUUUACAGAUAAGACCCCACACAAUUGUCCAGUGCAGGAAACAGGUGAUAGAUUUCAUAAAGGCUUAUUUAUUUGGUUCUGCACACAUUGUGUAAUGGUCAAGUUUUCUCGUAGUCCAAUCUCGAGAAAAGAUUAAUAAUACAACACGAGUUGUCAGUGUCAUGCAGGUCCUGUAUCUAUUACUUCAUUAUGUGUAUGCUUUGAUUUACACUCCCUUUUUUCCUGAGCACUGGAGCCAGUGACAUUUAUGCCUUGUGCGUUGCAUACCCAGAACCUUUGGGUGAAAGACUAUACACAGAGACCAAGGUGUUUCUUGAGAACCAUGUCCGGCAGCUUUACAAGGUAAAAUAAGACUCUGUAAAGCAAAUUGAAUUUCAUCUUCAUAAUGUAGCCCCUUUUUAACACUGCCAUGUCUGUGUGUUUUGCAGAAAGUCCUGGAAUCAGAGGAGAAGGUUUUAGUGAUGUAUCACAGGUACUGGGACGAGUACAGCAAAGGAGCGGACUACAUGGACUGCUUGUACAGGUAAAACUGAUUCAUGAUCGAAGGUGGUUCUCUACUCUGGUUAUACAAACACAAUUUUAAAGAGGAAGCAAUAAUUUUCAGGAGAAAGAUGUCAAUAUUUUCAAAUAAAAUAUGCACAUUGGCAAAAUUAAUAAAUAAUAAUAAUUCAUUUUAUUUGUACAGCGCUUUUAAAAACACUCAAAGACGCUUUACAUAGUACGUAAAAUUCAAGAUAAUAAGACAAAGACAUGAAAACAGUAAAAUUGACACAAUCAACAUAGAGAUGUACAUAUAUGAAGAACAGUAUGUGCAUUAAUAAUGCACAUGAGAUUAUCUUGAUAUUGCACAAAGUGGCUGUAUUGCACUUGUGUGUGGAUGUCUCUGUAUUUGUUUGAGAGUCAGGUGGUCUCAUGAAAGGACCUGUCCCCUUACUCUGCUGCUGUGUGAUUUGUGGGACUUGUAGCUCUAACCGGGGGGCAACAGUGAGAUCAGAUUGUUGUGUUGGUAGGAGGAGACCUCGAUGACCAUCAGAGACUUUCUGAGGCACCCAGCUCCUGUGUGUCUGUGCAAUGAUGUGCCAGGCCCUGCGCACCACUCUCCCCAGCACCUGUGGUCCAUGAUCGUGCAGCAGUGUACCAGGUGGUGAAGCAGCUUGUCAGGAUGCUCUCUAUGGUGCCCCAGUAGAAUUCCCUGAAGAUUCGAGGCCUUCGGCCAAAUUUGUUUCUCGACAACUGAGGCAUAGUCACUGUGGGGCUUUUUAUGGUGGACAAGUACCAUGUUGGGUACUUGUCAGUGUGCAUUGCCAGGUAUCUGAAACUGUUCACCAUCUCCACCACCGUCCCCUUGAUGGUAACUGGAGGGUAUGUACCUGCUCUCCUCCUGUAAUCUACAGUAAGAUCCUUAGUCUUGGAGAUGUUCAGAGAACGGUGGUCACCUCCUCUGUGAAGGCUGUCUCAGUCCAUCACUGCUGUAAUGUCUGCAAACUUGUGGUCUUUGCACCCUGUAAUGCCACACAGUUGUGGCAGCUGUCUUCCCGCCUGAUGUACUCACACAUAACAUACAGUGUCAGUUAGUAAUCUUGCUUAAUCCCUUAAUUUUUCAUCAUACAUUAGACUGCAAUUUCAAAAUGGAGCAAAACACUUUUUUUUAUUAGUCUGUCAUGUUCUAAGUCUGUUUUCUGAGCGUAUGUGGAAACUGUUUCCCUUACAUUUUACAAGCCUGACUUAAAGCAGGAAACUUGAGCCAAAGCAGCCGUCUGUUUUGGUCUGUGUUGGUCUGUGUUGAGUCAGUGAAGUAAGCUUUGUACACUGAGUGUACCAAUUCAAUCAAACUGCAGUUUGCCAGUUUACAGUCUUUGUACUCCUAAAAUAUUACCUUGAAAAGUGUAGUGUGAGGUGACAGCAGGCAUUAGGUGUGUCCUGAUUUAUUCUCAAUCAAUAUUCCCUUGGGGAAGCUUUUAGGUCUAUUUUUAUGCGUACUUCCCACCAGUCUGUCUUUGCAUACAUAUGCCUUUGUAAUUAAUUAUGUCACUGUGAGCAGGAGAAGAGGAGGCUGCUGGCUUCAGUGAUGACAUAGCAGAGUUCAGUUCUUAAUAUAGAAGAGUGUAGUGUGCUAUUUCCAGCUGAUGUCUGCAUGAAUGCAUACUGUAUGUUUGCAUCCUGUCAAACACAAAUUAUGUCGUGGAGGUUGGCUUCAAGUGCGAGCUGAAUCAAAAUAGCCUUCAAUGGAAAGCCUGUCUAAAGGGCCUCCUGGUUAGUGUACUGAGGUCAACACGAGCUGUUAAAUUAGCUGUCCUUUAACUCAUGCUGCUCGUGCCCUGUGUAUAUCAAAGUUGAAUGAAUCAGGGCUGAGUGUAAUCAUUACAAUGCCAACAGAGAAAUACACACAGCUGCAAAAACUACACAUAACAUCAGCCUAAGGACCCUACAGCCAAAAUACGAGUGUUGGUCCUUCUGGCUCGCUGUCCUGCUUCUAAGUUACUCUGUGUUUCCUUUGAGAAAUGUUGAAACAGCGCAGAAAAGUGUUGAAACACUCUUUACUGUACAUAUUUCAACAUCUGUGCAGCUCUCGUGAUUUCAUUACCCCACUUAAAAGAAUAUUCUCUUUGGUGGAGUGUUAAAGUUUUCCGGUGAGGCACAGACAAACUGUUUUUCAAAGCAGUCUUGAGAGCUGUUUACUAUCUACAUCAGACAACACGAUUACUCCAUCUGCAGCCCAGCACUGAGCAGGUAGUGUGAAGUGAUAAUAUCAGAGCUUUUGCUGAAACUGCUGCCUACAAAGGGUUAAUGAGAGAGUAAUGAAAUACAGCCAUACUGUAGAUGUGUAGGCUGCAUGACCCAAACAAUGUGCUAAAGUGCACCACAGAGCUGCCGACUCAUUAUGUCUUCUCUGAAUCCUUUUACAUGACUCAGAGUAUUUGAUUUGAGUAAUAGUAUUCUUAAACUGCUAAUACACCUUUGUGAGUACAUAACCCACUUCUUCAUAUCUCUUCAUAGCAGUCUGGAUGACUGUGACUUUCUUUUGUGAUUCACCAGUUUCUCUUUUCUGAAAUGAGCUUGUUCCACAGAAUCUCUGACAAGUGACAACUAUUUUCACAAAAAAAGGCUGACACUGUCACUGAUCAAACCUCAUACAUUGUGUUGGAUUUGAAUUUUAUCUCUAUAAGUUUAAUGAUUUUUUCUCCCUAGUGUUUCACUGUUGAAGGAGAUUGUAGCCACUUAUUCACUGAAUCUCUGCAACAGUGCUGGAUCAGAGUUGGCCAUUACUAUGACUUUGUAUACAGUGCACCCUGAGGCGGCCCAAUGUUAGUGUCCCAGUGUAUGAUUUCAUAUCACUCUACAGCUUUGCAGAAGCUCCAUAUACAUGCACUCUCACACAUAUGUGUACAAACUGAUGCUCCAGUGCUACACUUGCCCCAAUCUUUUAUGUGUACUAAUUGCCUAGCUAGUUGUACUGAGACUGUGGAGGUGGCUCAGAAAAAUACUACAUCCAUAAACUGUAGGCGGCGUAAUGAUUAACCCACUUUCUGGAAUCCCAGGUGAAAUACCUGCACGAGAUCUGAGAUUUCCAAGUGAGAAGUGAUUCAUCAGCUGUAGCUGUGCCCAGUUUAACCAGGCAUGUCCUUUGUGACAUCUACAACUGCGAUAAAAACAAAGUCGUGCUGGGCGUACAGGGCUUGAAUUUGACACUGAAGCCAAAGUACGUGGGACUCCAAAAGCUGAAUGAGCUGCAAGUGGUGACCCCCCACAGUGCAGUGGUUUAAGUGUCUCUUGACUAGCACACACAGACACAGACACACACACACACACCAAACACACUCUUUUUCUCCCUCUCUCAGAAUCCUCUUGAUGGUGUUGAUGUUUCAGCAUCUUGACCACCUGUCCCUCUCUGUUCAGGUAUCUCAAUACUCAGUUCAUCAAGAAGAACAAACUAACAGAGGCAGACCUGCAGUACGGCUACGGUGGAGUGGACAUGAAUGAGCCGCUGAUGGAGAUUGGAGAGGUAUUUAACCAUCUUUUUUUUCCCUAUAGUCUUAAAGGUCCCAUAAUGUUAUACUUUACAAUGGGCCAGAUUUAAAUGAAAUCUCUUUUGCACAAACGUACAUCCAUGAUAUGACAAAGUUUUUGAGUAAUGUUUAACUCAGCUAACAGGUAUGAAACCAAACCAAUUAACGGAGAGCUCUAAAGUUUGGCAAAAAACCCUCAACUGUCAUCUGGUAAAGAAAAAAAAGGUCUUUCACCUUUAGUCACACCCAAACUUUGGAGCAAGCCCAAAAAAUAAAUAGUUAUCCAGAGUGGAAAUCCACCUCGAAAUGAGGAAUAAAAGGCAAAUUCGUGAACUGAACAAGGUUAUGGUUGCAUUAUGUUCAAAGUCUGGUCAGUGUCAGGGGAAAUGAACAAAACUUAACCAUAAUGUGUUUAAAUGUCACAUAAGCAAAGAGAAAAUUGAAGCCCCAGUUAGGGCUGCACGAUAUAUCGUUUUAUCGUUUAAGCCUCGUCAUCGCGAUGUACGUGUGUGCAAUAGUCACAUCACAGAGCCUGCGAUGUUGGAGGCGAAUGAACUCCGUUAAUUUCAAGGGUAGCUGACUAAGAUACACUGCAUUUGACUCUGCAUGUGCUGUGCAGCGAUCCACCAAUCACCUUCGUCCUUUAUUCAUUUGCCAAUCAAACUCAGUUCUCAGUUGCCAAUCAGACUACCCUGCCAGCUGUCAAUCAAAAUCAGAAAGGAGGAAACCACACCCCUGCACAUGUUCUGCACAUGGCUGCUGGUGUUGAGCCGAGAAAUGCAUGUCCACUGAAAAUUACUUUCGGAACUUUAGUCAUGACUGUUAAGCCCAACAAAUAAGAAUUGUAUGGGUUUUAAAAUUUAUAUUUCCGUGGACCAAUCUGCUCUACGCGGUGCGCGUUUUGCAAGGUGCAUGCAAUUCUUGGAGGACAUGCGUUUCUCGGCACAACGCCGGUAACAACAACAACGAUUGUUAAAUGAGCAAAUAACAAGAGAAAACCACCAAAGAUGAAGAUUUGUUGCCAAAAGAAAAGGAAAGUCAGUUAUCUGAAAUUAUUUCGGUUACAAGAUGGAUGAUGUCAACCAAAACACGUGUUCUGUGAUCAUCUGUCACCACAAUAACAUCCCAGCACAAUAAAAGCUAAAAAUAUCUCUAAGACAGACUGAAGCCACCCUACUAACAUUCACAAAAAGAGGUAAGAUCAGUGCAGGUUAACUGUCCUCAAGACUUCAGCGGUGCAGCUUAACAUUAAAUGCUAUUCAGGUCAUCUGGUGAAAAUUCCUGUAUUUUUUAAUAUCGCAAUAUAUAUCGCAGGGUUGAAAACAAUCGCAAUGUUAGUUUUUUCAAUAUUGUGCAGCCUUUGUCCCAGUUGAUAACUUGAAUAAUACUUUUGUUUCUGCAAGCAAUAUUGAUGAACUUGGGAAAGCAAAUUGAUGUCAGUAUUGCAUAUAUUGUUACAUAAAGUGUUCUAUUUUCGUGCCUCGCCGGAGACGUGCCGCAGACGUGGCGUAAGUCGGGUCUGCCGCGCUGACAAGGCGUUCCCAAGCACAAUUUGGUAUUUUGGUGAGCGGCGCAGCCCGGCGUAGGUUUCCCCCCUCCCUAACUCAGCUCCUCCCAGCGGCGUGAGUGGUAAGAAGGGAAGAGAGAGGGCGUGGAGUGGGUUUAACACAGCCGAGACCUGUAUUGACCAAUAACAUCAGCUCCUCUCCUAGCCUUUAAAUCCGCCACCGGCGAGGCGUAUUACAAUUUUCAUGAAGUAGACAAAGAGAUCAAGAGAUGUCUGAAGACAGUAAUGCCACACGAUGGCGACAGAAGGCAGCUCCUCAACAAGUGUCGCUGUAAACCAGGGGUGUCAAAGUCAAAUGGACGGAGGGCCAAAUAAAAAAUUUAGCUACAAGCCGAGGGCCAGACUGAUCGAAUGUUCAUUGAAAAUUUUUUAAAUGACGCAUAUAGUCUAGUGAACCUAAUUGAACCUACUGAAAACCUAACAAAUAAAUUCCAAUAUGAUCAGAUAAAUAACGCAAUAUUUUCUUAUGGCUCUGUCAGUAAUCUUUAAUUUUCAACAGACACAAAAGACAAAUUUCCUUUAUAUAAAAAUCCCCAUAACAUGAACAUUAAAUGAAAGAAACCGGUGUUAUUCAAGGCACCAUCAGUAGCCUAUAUUUUCUAUUUUAGCAAAAGUGGGCUAAAUUUACUUCAAAGAAAAAAAUAAUAAUAGCAAUUUUCUAUCAUCCACUCAACUGAAAUAUUUUUAAAAUAUAGUUUUAAUUCCUCGGCCUUCUGUAGCCUUUGUUCCAUGUCCAUAUUCUUGUUUUUGUCCGCGUGUUUGGUUUCAUAAUGUCGUCUCAGAUUAUACUCUUUCAGUACCGCCACACUUUCUCCACACAGAAGACACACAGAUUUUCCAGCUACCUCCGUGAACAUAUACUCCGACUCCCACCUUGUUUGAAACCCCCGGUUCUCAGUGUCCACCUUCCGUUUUGCCAUUUUUGAUGGGUAUCUGAAAGUUAAUUUUACUGUUAUGCUGACGACUGCUGUGCUAAUAAAUAUUGAAAUGAAGCAGCCUACUGCUCCGUGCGUCACCGUUGCAUUGUGGGAAAUGUAGUAUUGGUGCGUGUAAAAGAUCUGCGGGCUGCCGGCUUGCUGCGGUCUGCGGGCCGGUUCUAAUAAUAAAUCAAGAUCAUCCCAGGGGCCGUAAAAAACCUUCUCGCGGGCCGGAUGUGGCCCGCGGGCCUUGACUCUGACAUAUGUGCUGUAAACGCUGCAGAGGACGUCCUUCACACUCUCUCAUAUAAGCACAGAUGGAUUUGAUGUGUGUAAGUUUGCACCCACUAGUAAGACAAACACCCUUUUCCACAAAUAGAAACACUUACAUGAAGUUGCAUAUAUCCAAACCUCACGUGACAUAGGUGGGUUGUGCGCACCGAUCGCAUCAUAAAUUCCAGUAAUGGCAUUAAAAUCGGAACCAUCUGUGCGUAAUGACGCAUCACGCUCCGUGGCCUUUCUUUCAUAGAUGUUGGCAUAUAAAAUAAAUUUUGCUCACAAAACUGAAUAUUAUAAUAUUUGUAUGUAGGCUUAAAGUAAAUAACUCAUCUGAUCACUGAAACAAAUCAUCUGUUCAGCCGCCGCAGCUGCAGCAGGACGGGGAGAGGACACGGAGACAUGUCCAGGUCGAGCUGUGCGAGAAAUAAGAGGAAGAAAGAAAGGGAGGGAGACGAAUUACAUAUCUCAUUAACUUCAUUAUGUGUGUCUAAGAUAUUUAAUUUAAUUUAAUGCGGUUUCAGCUGUGUUGAUUCACUCAGGUUGUGUGUCCAAACGCGUGCCAAACGCGCUCAUCAGAUCAGAUAUAGAUCAGAAUAUAUCGAAAUAGAUCUAAAUGUAUGUGCUGACUCAGAUUAUUAGUUGUUGAUGAUUAUUUAUUGCACUGAAAUGUGCCUGACACCGUGCAAACCUGCAGGUGAGGCAUCAGUGACGUAUGCCGAUACGCCGCAGGUCUACCAAAAUACUACUAGACCAGCAGUGCUUCGCCUGCGCCAAAGGCUGACCAGGUUUGAAUCGGCAAGCUUUCAGCGCGCUUUAUAUGCCACCGGCGAGCACGAAAAUGUCACCAGUCGCCAGCUGAUCCUGUCGACACCUCCCCGUGCCUCGCCACCACGCCCAGCUUGGCUGACCUCGGUGCGCCUCAGUCCACAGCGAAAAUACCACUGCGCGGGGUCCACCACCCUCCGCCGCCUCACCGGCAGACACGAAAAUAGAGCCCAAAGACUCAACAAACUUUAAGACUGUAAUCACAUUAUUGUGUUUACAAGUUCACAUUUCAACCAAGAAACAAAGCAAAUCAUUUCAGUACUCAAGAUCUGUCUGUUUAUAAUGUUGCUCCUCCAGGUUUCUUUUUCUUGAAAUAGUCUCAGCUUGAUUUAUUCAUUUAUGAACAUGGGGAGCUGGUAUUGAAGAGGGUGACAAUAAAAUAUAAAGUCUGUAAAAAUAAAGACAGAGCAAGCUUGUGGAUGAGAGACAGAGCAAUGAAAUAGUUGCAAGGUAUGAAAACUGCCUGUUCAACUUCCUAUUUUGAGCUUUAGAGAAACAGAAGUUUAAGUUUCACAGAGACUUCAGAAAAAAGAGAGAAACUCGCUCACCACAGAGGACUGGACUUAACUCAAAGUCCUGACUUGUCUUCCAUUAAAAAAAAAAAUUGUUUUCAUAAAUAUUGUAUCGCAGACUUGUUAUUUUCAUUUCUUUACAACUUAAACUUCAGAAUUUUUCCUAGAGAUUUGUAUGGAGAACAAUAACAAAAGACAAAAUCUAACUAAUGAAAAGGACGGAGUUGAAGUAACUGGCUGUCAUUCCUGUGGCACCAUCUCCUGACAUCAUGUCGUCUUUUUGUCUGCUGUUGCAGUUGGCGCUCGAUAUGUGGAGGAGGCUUAUGAUUGAGCCCCUCCAGGCUGUCCUCAUCCGGAUGUUGCUGAAUGAAAUCAAAAAGUAUGUUUUCUACAAGUCUUGAAGUCAUCAGAGACAGUGUGUGUGUUAGCCUGUUUAUUUAUUAAUAUGUUAACUUACUAUUGAUCAUCAUUUCAGGACAAAUUUAACCUACAGUUACAAAUUUAUACAUAUAGUAUUAAAUUUAGACCUAACACUUACUUGUUUCUGUGGAACAGUGAUCGGUGUGGCGAGAACCCCAACCAGAAGGUAAUCCACGGGGUCAUCAACUCCUUUGUUCAUGUUGAACAGUACAAGAAGAAGUUUCCACUAAAGGUGAGACAAUAAGUAACAAGAAAGUUCAUAUUCUGAGGGUUUUUACCUGGUCAUAAAUCAAAAUGUGGAAAAAAGAGGGUCAGAUCUAAAGAUAUGAAGGUGACUCUCACUUUGUUGUUGUCUAUUUUGUUUUCCUUAAGAUGUGCUGUAUGUGUUCAUUAAUGAUUACACUAUCUUCUUUGUGUUCUGCAGUUUUAUCAGGAAAACUUCGAAGGGCCAUUUCUGAUAAAAACAGGAGAGUAUUACAAACAGGAAGCCUCCAAUCUACUGCAGGAAUCUAACUGCUCACAGUACAUGGAGAAGGUAGGAGAGAUGGACAGAUAGUGCAAGUAUGUGCAUGCAGUGUGUUGAAGCUAUCAUGUGAGUUGAGAAGCUGAUUUAACUCGGUUAUACCCUGAAAAACUGAGCUCAGCUGCUCUGCUCUUCAUCUCUGUGAAGUUUUUGAGGACUGACUCUUCAACAUCCAUGCUGUAUAUCAACUCAGAGAGUGUGAGUGAGUGUGUGUGACUGACACUCACACACAGUCACUGUGUGUGUGAGUGCGCCAUCAGGUCAUGUCAGUCCACCCCUCUGACAUAAGAGUUUUAAUCCCAGUAUUAGCGCUGCUAUUACCCGCUAAAGCUGACAUCACAGACCCCCACAUAACCUCUGUCUGUCCCUCUCCAUUUGAUCUUUGUCUCUUCUCUCAUUCUGGCAAUAAUCUGAUCCUCUGGUAGUUUUAUCUCUCCAGCCUGUAAACAGGAUCAUUGUUAAAGCUGUACUGAGACAUUGGAGCCUAAUGUGAUAUCAUCAUAGCAGACUCUGUGAGAAAGUUCAGCCCCCUCCUGCACAGACUCAUUCAUUGCUAUUUAUCUUAACCAGUUAAUGCCUAAGAGUGUGUUUGGGAGAGGAUUAUAUCGGUUUUCUGUUUGCCCUGAGUUAUUCUUAAACUCUGACCAUCAAGUUUUUGUUGGUUUUAAAAUUCUUCCACACUCAAACAAUACUUUACUUUGUAUUUAUGAUGGUUGUUUUUGAAGAACAUAAAAAAGGGAUCCAGGUAUUAGUUAAAUAUGACAAUCAGUAAGGGUGUGCCAGCUUAGGCACCUCACGAUUCAAUCACAACUCAGGGUGCUAUUGUUCGAUUAUUAAACUAUUAUUACGAUUUUUACGAUUAUCACUAUUAUCAAUACCCAUAAAGGAUUUUUUUUAAACUAGGUAUAUUUGUCAGCAUCCAUUAAACAAAGUAAACAAACAAACCUCCAUUAUAUUUAAUUGUUAUUAGACAAAAUGAUCAAACGCUUUGUUCACAAUAAAAAGAUGCUCUUGUAAUAAAAAGUGCUCUAACCAUUAGCUUGUUGAGCUUUAGUCUGAUCCACCAUAAAGCAAUAAUAACUGAACCUCAGUAUUAAUAAAGACUUCUAAACAAAGUAUUCAGUGAGCAGCAGAGCAUCCCACAACAAUCCAACAUUUUGAUUUCCACAACCAAAAGCAGCUUUAAAUCUAAACAAGUGGUGGAUGAACAGUAUGAGAACAGAAUGAAGUAAAUCCUCCACAGGAAAUACCUCCAGAUGCUGGAGUUCAAAGCUGGAGCAUGAACCUCACAAUCAGUUACAGUGGCCAGAGAGUUAGCUGCUGCCAUGUUGGUUAACAGUCUGUUAUGAGUCUGUCCCUUAAAACUGUCUGGGCAGUUUAUUUUUUCAUUCUGACUAACUUCUGGUGUUUCUGUAAUUUCACUAUCAUGGGAAAUAAUUAAUUUUUUAAACAUUUGCCAAUCAUAAUCAAUCACCACGUGUCGCAUCAGGAUGCAUCAAAGAAUCAAUGUAUAGGCCCACGAUCAGUGUGCUGGUAAAUACAAGGGAAUUUAACAAGGUUAUCGAUGGUAACUAGUGAGUAAAGGAGUAGGAUUAAAUAAGUUCAUACUGCUUCCACCUGCACCAGUUUUAUGUAGGGGUGCAGAUGAUUGUGUUUAUUCCAGUUCAGAUAAAGGAUCACUUCAUGACAGGAAAAUCAGGCACAUUUAUUCACUGUAACCCUUUUUCCUCCUCUCUAAGUCAUAGCUCAAACUGUCCAUUUUCCAGGCACAACAAAUCACAUUGGACCUUUUACAAUGCAGACGAGGACUUUGGAUGAGGGCUGUUUCACUGCUGCUUGUAUAAUAAAAUAUUGUGUCACAUAAGAAAACAAUUGAAUUACUUAACUCAGAUCAAGAAUGAGCUGCACCUGUAUUAAAGAAGAAGCUGUCCAUCUCAACACUUUCUCCCCUUUUCCAUAAAAAUCCUGAUGGUGUGUUGGGAGAACUUUUUUAUGCAAACUUUGCAGGCAUCAGGUGUGAUUGCAGUCACAGAUGUCUUUCAGUAUUUCCCCUUUAAGUCUGUAGUGAUGCUCACCCUCCAACCUGGAGUUUGUGUCUACAGCUCCUCUCACUCAGAAACUCAGGUAUGCAGUGUGGGGUUAAAACAGACAGACAUGCAUCUUUCUGAUGCUCGUAUUGAAGUGAAGUGAAGGCAAAUGCAGGAAACAGCAAAAGUUCAUCUUAAGUUGUAGUACACUGUGAUUUUUUUUGAAUGAUCUACAGAUCACGCAGUCUGCUGGGGUGGUUCAGAAAGAUCAUGGUCCAAGUUUGAAGAGUUCUUACCACGUCGCAUGUUUUAUUUGUGCAUAAACAGGUUACCAUUCUCUGUCAGGAAACUUAGAAAAAUAAAACAACACUUCUUCAUUUUCAGUGAAGUCCAACUUUAAGAAAAAGAUUCAUAUUCUGUCAGUGACAUUAUUAAAUGUGUAAUAAAAGAAGUUUACAAUGACUAAGUAAUGUAACCAGCGAAUGUCAUAUUACUACAUCACAGCAGAUUUGGUUUCACCUUCUAACAUGUCAAGCCUUUUGCAGACUGCUUUGAAGUACAUUUUUAUCAUCAUGUCAUUUUCUCAGAUGCGUGUUUUUCUCUUCAGUGAUAAGCUUUAUGUUCACUCUUAGAUCGGGACUUCUUACCUUAUACUCUUGUCUCCUCUUGUUUUAGGUUUUAGGGAGGUUGAAAGAUGAAGAGAUGCGAUGUCGGAAGUACCUUCACCCCAGCUCCUACGCCAAAGUCAUUCAUGAAUGCCAGCAGCGGAUGGUGGCAGAUCACCUGCAGUUCCUGCACGGGGAGUGCCAGAACAUCAUCCGGCAGGAGAAGAGAGACGGUCAGUCCACCACAGUCCUCUUUUGCACUCCUUUAUAAAUCUGCUAAACAUGAGUCAUCUCUCUUACAUGGCUAUUAAACCGAGUGUCUUGCUGGUUGUUUUCUGCAGAUAUGGCCAACAUGUACACCUUGUUGCGGGCAGUGUCUAACGGGCUGCCCCACAUGAUCCAGGAGCUUCAGGUCCACAUCCACAACGAGGGCAUUAGAGGCACCAGUAACCUUUCUCAGGAAAACGUCAGUACUACUUCACACAUGCAAAUACCUCUAAAAACAGUGCACUGAAUUAUCAAGAUGUGUUACUAAUCGAGUUUUUAUUUCCUGUUUCCCGUGAGUGACGGACGAUAAUUACUGUUAGUCAAACAUCUCUUUGUGAGUUCAUGUUUAUCACUGAUGAAAGUUGGAGACCCUUUAAUUCUGUAUUGUUAGUUACCUGUCUAACUUUGGCCAAAUAGGAUUGUUUUAGGGAUUUUCUUGGUUAUUUACCAUAGGGGUUGUUAUUACAUUGAUAAAAUAUAGUAGCAGUAAGAGUAAACGAUAUCAGUAUAUUGAUUCCAAAAAUUGAAGUUCUUGGCACCUGAAACAUGUUAACUCUUGUUUUGCACACAAUCCUCUCUGCCUGGAAGAGACACGAAGCUAACGGUUGUAUUUUUAUGAGACACUUAAAGGACUUUAAAUAGUGGUGGGACUGAGAGCAGAUGAAGCACCGCUUUCAUUGCAGUUAAACAAAUUCUAGCUACCUCUUGCAGGGUCAUGUCAGGGUCAUGUGCUACUUAAUCACUGCGUCUGUCUUAUUGCGCUUUUGAAAAUUUGGCUGUAGUUCUGGAGUAACCUUAGUUCCAUUCAAAUACUACCUAACACAGAUUAGUGACUGAACCAUUUAAAACAUAUAACAAAAAAAAGUAUUCAACUUUUCACCUUCUGUAUGACUGUAAUUAGGAUGAGGUCAUAUGCACUUCCAUACAGAUUACAAUCUUCUGCCUGUAUGGUCUUGUUUCUUCAGGUUAUGCUCUGUUUACAAUCAUCUACACGUGCCUCAACUGUUUUUUAGGACAAGAGUCCGCAUCUCAUUAUCAUAAUUCCCUGCUGACAGAAGUGCUCAGAUGUGAGCAGGAUUGCCACUGAUCACCAAAAACACAGCAUGAAACUGCCACAACCUCUUUUAUAUGACAUGAAACACACCUGGUCAUCUGAGCUCCAGGUUUUUUAUGAAUCCAUAAUAAUCUGUGUAGAAAAUGUGGUUGCUGUAAGAAUAUAAAAUGUUGGAUUCCUGAGGGUUGUCCUUCUCAUGUUGAUCCAGCUGAGGAUCUGUGUUUUAUUUAAUGAUGAUAUUGGUUUCAAUGAAGGCUCUGCUCUAGCUUGAUGCAUUGCUUCUUUCUAAAGUUAAGAACCUCUGGUAACGUGUGAAUCAGCCCCUGACGUCAGUGUUUGGUCCUGUAUAUUUGCAGUUGAUAAGAAAGUUCAGAAUUUACUGGAAUUAACUGACAUUUGCUGAGGUACUGAGGUACAGCAUCCGCCUUUUCUCUGGGGUACUCAUAGCACACAGUUUGCUCGAAAUUCAUGAAAAGAAGAGAUCCCUUAUUCAGUAAAUGUCCUUAAAGUACAUGCAUUAAGAACUGCAGGACAUACCGUUGAAGUUGAAAACUUAAGGUCAUAAAAAGCUGAGAAGCUCCUUCCCCUGAUAUUAAUUUGAAAGCCUUUCUGCGGGUCAUUUGGUUAUUGCUUUGCAAAUAUGAACAAGGCACUGUGCUUCUCUUUGAUUCUACACAAGAGUUAAGUGGUGCACCUCAGGCUUUGCAGGUGAUUUUCCCUUAGUUCACACAUACUGUCAGAACUGAAGAAGCAAUAGACCUGAUAGAAAAUGUUCCUUCCUGCAUGUUGCAAAGCCUUUCAUCUACUUAAUCGCUCUUCAACAUCUGGAUCUUGGGAUGGAUCUUAGUUUGCUGAAGUCCCAUACUGAGUGGUGAAAUGUUUCACCUGGAUUUGCACCUAAAUGCUGCUAAAAUCUUUCUUUACAAUGUCCACCACAGCCUCCAUCAAUUAUGAACCAAAAAGAGGCAGAAAAGCUGCACAGACCUUCUUCCAAAACAGGGCUGCAUGAUAUAAACGUUUGAGCAUCGUCAUUGCGAUGUACGUGUGCGCAAUAGUCACAUUGCAGAGCCUGCAGUGUGGGAGGCGAAUGACCUCACCUAAUUUCAAGGGGAGCUGACUGAGAUACACUGCAUGUGACUUUGCAUGUGCUGUGCAGCAAUCCACCAAUCACAUUCGUUCUUUACUCAGUUGCCAAUCAGACUAACCUGCCAGCCGUCAAUCAAAAUCAGAGAGAAAUGAAACCACGUCCCUGCACAUGGAGUGAGUCGCUAGCACUGCUGGUGUUGUGCCGAGAAACGCAUGCCCACCGAGAAUUACUUCCGGAACAUUACUCAUCACUGUUAAGCUCCAUGAAUAAGAAUUGUAUGGGUUUUACAUUGUACGUUUCUGUGGACCACUCUACUAUAAGCGGUGCGUGUUUUGCGAGGUGUAUGCAAAUCUCGGUGGACAUGUGUUUCUCGGCACAACACAGAUAACAACAACAACAACAAUUGCAAAAGGAGCAACAAACAAGAGAAAACCACCGAAAAUGAAGUCUUGUUGCCAAAAAGAAAAGGAAAGUCAGUUAUCUGGAAUUAUUUCGGUUACAUGAAGGAUGAUGUCAACCAAAAACAUGUUCUGUAUCGGCAGUGCCUUUUAUCUGUUGCCACAAUAACGUCCCAGCACAAUAAAAGCUAAAAAUAUCUCUGAGACAGACUGAAGCCAUUUUACUAAUAUUCACGAAAAGAGUUAAGAUCAGUGCAGGUUAACUGUCCACAAGUUUUCAGCCCUAUUCCAAAAUGACCUCUUCAAAUUGCUAAGAGGCCCAUUCAGGUUGGAUCAGUAUUAUCUGAAGUAUGGUGGGUGAUUUGACCUGUAAAUCUUUACUUCAAAGAAGCUAAAAUUGUCAAUUCUCACAGGAUUAAAAACAUUCAUGUCCUCUGCAAUUAUUCUGAAUUACCAGAGGUCCCUCGGUUAUACAAAUUCUGUGAAAAUAGGGCUUAUUGUUGGUCUGCACCUGUGUUUGGAAUCCAUGUACCUCUUAGUUUUAGCUCUACUCAGUCAAAAUCUCAGCAAUGAUCAUUCAAAAAAGGUCCCAAUUUCUUUACUCUUUGCUUAACAAAUUGCAUCAAGUGGAGUCAAGCCAAACCAUGGAGAAAAGUGAGAAUAAGUCAACAGACCCCCAAAAGAGGGUGCUUGAAUUUAAGGGUUAACCCCAGCCUUAAUUGUGUUUUAUCUUUUCUCUCCAGAUGCCAACCCUGUUUGUGGAGUCAGUGCUGGAGGUUCACAGUAAAUUUGUCCAGCUCAUAAACACGGUCCUAAAUGGAGAUCAGCACUUCAUGAGCGCGCUUGAUAAGGUGAUAAGCCUCAUACUCUUAUUGCUGGUACAGAGAAAGUACACCACAAAGAUGCUGCCAUAACUUGUAUGUCUGCAGAACUUCAUUUCUGCAUGUGAUAAAUGAACACUUGGACUGUAAAUAUUUGAUCCUAAUUUCACUGACUGUUCUUGUUGUAUCUCUGUCUCAGGCUUUGACAUCUGUGGUGAACUUCAGGGAGCCUAAGUCUAUCUGUAAAGCCCCUGAGCUUGUAAGUACACACUCACUUAAACACACAUACCCAGACAGUUUGACACACAGUGCCUUGACCAGGCAGUGUCCCUCUUGGUGUCUCUGUGCAGCUGGCUAAAUACUGUGACAAUCUGCUGAAAAAGUCUGCAAAGGGAAUGACGGAGAACGAGGUGGAGGACAAGCUGACAAGCUUCAUCACAGUGUUCAAAUACAUAGAUGACAAGGACAUCUUUCAAAAGGUGACAGGAGCUCUUCUUAUGCUGUGUUAUGUAACAAAAACACACAUUUAUACUCUAACAUCUGGUUAUUGUGAUGCACAGAAUAGUUGGAGACAUCACAGUGAAUCUGUUUUUAGUUUUUCCUCAGAAGGCCCAAAAUACUCUGCUUUGAAUUAAAGUCUUUAUUUCCUUUUUUCUUCAGUUCUAUGCCAGAAUGUUAGCAAAGCGGUUAAUACAUGGUUUAUCGUUGUCUAUGGACUCAGAAGAAGCCAUGAUCAACAAACUAAAGGUAAUCCAGAAACAAAACUGAACCUAAACUUGUCAUAUCUUGUGUCUCAUUUCCUUAGCCUUUCUUUGACCUUCUGUCGCUCUUAUUUCUGCAGCAAGCCUGUGGCUACGAGUUCACAAGCAAACUCCACAGAAUGUACACAGACAUGAGCGUGAGUGCCGACCUCAACAACAAGUUCAACAAUUUCAUCAAGACGCAGGAGACAGUGGUGGACCUGGGCAUCAGCUUCCAAAUCUAUGUAUUACAGGUGGGGAGGACCUCAGCACACGACUGUCUCACAUACACUCAACCAUAAAAUUUAAGGCCAGGUCGAAGCCUGGGCAGUAAAAUGUUACUGAAGCAUCCUGCUGUUUAAAUGUUAAGGUCUAAUGAAUCCCCAAUGAAAAGGAUUUGUCCAGCUUCUCCAUCUGUGUAUUUGUAUUUUUUAAUUGACCUCUAAUAGAACAAUAUUUCUCCUGAAUAUUGAAACAAGAGAGAUAACGAGACUAAUUUAUAGACUUGUAAGUGUCAAGGCCCAGCUACAAGUAAGAAGAGAGAAAAUGAGGAAAAAAUUGAGCUUUGCAGUGUGCACACUCAAAGUCGUGUUGGUCUCUUUAAAAAGACAUAACCUCUGCAUGUGGCAGCUUCACAGGGGAGAGCCAGCUAAUCUAAACAAAGCUGUGUACAUGGAAAUACUGAUGAGAUACUUUAAUCUUCCUUUUACUAAUAGGCUAUGGAAAAACUAGACUGAUGUAAACUUGUAAAAACACAGCUAAACAUGUCUCCUUUUAUCAACAGAAACCUCCCUAAAACUCUUCAGUUAGCCAUGCUGUGUCCACUUAAUCUUGAAACAGAUAAGACAAACUGACUGCCUUGGUUAAGUGUGAAUAGCUCACAGUGUGUUCAUUCUAAAAUAGAAGCUGUUUUUCUAGUUGUCUUUCUAAACAGGAUGAGGAAUUACUGCUUCUCUUCCUCACUAUUUAUUUAACUGCUCUCAUUCUCUGUAGUGUUCUGCUGUGAUGUGUAAUAAUAUGCAGAGUUUCUUUGUGCUUGGUGAUUCAGUUUUCAAUAAUAAUGAUU